AUGAUGUGGGCCCUAAUUCUACUGCCUCUGACAGUAUUACUUCACUCAGAUGCUCAGCUCCUACUAGGAUCAUCCCAAAUCAAAACGACCCGAGUGAAAAACAAUCGUCAACAGACUAGGCAAUCAACAUUCCCUUCCCAGGAAUUUUACAAUUUCCCGGGAUUUUCAAGCUCUUCCAACACCAGGAAGACUUUCGACGCUUCCCCUGUAGACACGAACCUUCGGAUCUCUUUCAAUGGCACUGGCGUCUCGAAACAGUCAGGGUCAUCUUCAUUCAUUACAGGACCGUCUGCGACAGUAGUUACAGGACCGCUUUUGACAGCUGUGCCUGUGCUUACUAUUCCCUUUUUGCCCAAAAUGGCUGGUAGGGCAGCAGAAGAGUUUUUGCAGUUCGAAUGGAACGAUUUCAAGACGAGAUACAACAAAGUGUACCCUAGCGCAGUCGAGGAGCAACUACGCCGUGAAAUAUUCUUCGAAAACAUCGCAAAAAUCCAGAGAGUCAACCAAGAAUACGCCGAGAAGAAGCGCAGCUUCACGCAGCAAAUCAACCCCUACGCGGACAUGCUGCUGCACGAGUUCGUCGCAGAUCUGAACGGCUUCAACAGAUCGCUGAAGACGCAGCAACGCGUAAUACCCCAAGCGACUGCGUUUAUUCCCAGCGCCAACGUCGUUUAUCCCACCGCAGUCGAUUGGAGGGAUGUCGGUGCUGUCAGCGACGUCAAGAGUCAGGGGAAGUGCGCUGCUUGCUGGGCUUUCGCUGCGGCUGGAGCAUUGGAGGGUCACCACUUCAGGAAAACAGGACGCUUGGUGGACAUCAGCGCUCAAAACCUGAUCGAUUGCACAGAACCUUAUGGCAACUCUGGUUGUUCUGGUGGCUUGAUGGACCCAGCCUUCGAAUACGUCAGACAAAACAAUGGGGUCGAUUCUGAACCAUCCUACCCCUUCGAAGAACGCAAUGCUGAGUGCAGGUUCAGAAGAGAAAACGUCGUUGCUACGUGUACAGGUUUCGUGGAUUUAGGCGUAGGGGACGAAAGGGGAAUAGAAAUGGCGGUGGCGACCCUAGGUCCAGUGACCGCAGCCAUAGACGCCGGUAGGGACACCUUCCAGUUCUACGGGGGCGGGGUCUACAACGAUCCAGAUUGCGGGAACAGGCCCGAACAAAUGAACCACGCCGUGCUGAUAGUCGGCUAUGGACAAGAGCCAGACGGCCAGAAGUUCUGGAUGGUCAAGAAUUCGUACGGGCCCGAAUGGGGUCUAGGGGGAUACAUAAAGAUCGCUAAGGACAACGGGAACCAGUGCGGGAUAGCUAUACAGGCUAGCUAUCCUUUGGUGUGA